AUGGCCACAUUCUUACGGGAUGAAAAGGUUCUGGCUGCGGAUGACCACAGCGGAAUUCCAGCUGCUAUACCCAAAAGCUCCAGGGCUAAAUCAAUCAGAGUCUGCUUCUUUAUACCGAAGAAGAUUGAUCCGGAAACUUCGCCGUGCCAACAAAUUCCAACGGACUAUCAAAUCCUAAAGGUCCGGCGCGCACAUGAAGAAUGGAACUGGACUUAUUUCUUCAUUCACAAUAUCUACAACCGGCCGGGUAGUGCUACGUUGGACGUGCUUUGGGAGUAG